AUGAAAAAACGUUUGGAGUGUCUGUUGUUACGUAUUCCUGUUUAUCAUUGUAUUGCUUUUCAAGUUGAGUGUAUGCAUUAUAAAGGUGGAACAAUUACAUGGAAACCGACAGAUGCUUAUUCCACAGCUGAUCCUGUGGAAAUACUUAUCACAGAAAAACACUCAUGGACAUUAGGUCGUUAUUUUUGUGAUGCAAAUACAAUAAAUACGCAAGGUCUUUAUUAUGAUGAUACUGCAGGUUCAACAUCGGGUUUUCCUACCGUUGAUUGUCAAUCAAGCAGUGUCUCGUCGUGCUCACCAUUCACACCCAUUGAUCAUAUUACACUUUGUACAGAUUUUAGUAAUAAUUUAACAAUUAGUAGUGGUGCUUGGUAUGAAAAACAAUAUUUAGAUCGAACAACAAAUAUUUGGGUAGGUUGGACGGGAUCAGCGUGGUCAACUGAUGUAGAUCCAAGUGGAAACGCAAGAUGGAGCGUUCUUACCAAAAUAGAUUUGACAUUGGGAACACCGAUUAAUACAUCACCAGUUACUGGCUCAUUACCUAUUAUACGUGUUUUGGUUAAUACACAAGCUAUUAUUCAAAUUCCAGCUGCUGAUUGGGAUCUUGGUCAAGUUUUGAAAUGUCGUUUCGCGAAUACUUUUGAUGAAUGUGGUGAUGUGUGUGGAAUGUUAACAAGUGCAAAUAUUUCUGCAUCUGAUUGUACCAUAGAAUGGAAUGCUGUAUUUAAAACGGGCCAAACAGCUUCUACAUAUAUAGCUGCCAUCAUGGUCGAAGAUUUUCUGAGUACUGGUGGAUCAGCGCUAAGUGCUGUACCACUACAAAUGGUUAUUUAUGUCUAUAGUGCCGGUCCUGGCGCAUGUGCGAAUGGCCCACCACAAGUUAUUGGAGCUAGACCUAAUCGGGCAUGUAUUGCUGCUACACCUGGUGUUCAGUUCAGUGAACAAGUUUAUGCUGAAGUCUAUUGUAAUACCGAUAGCAUUGUAGAAUUUAUAACAACGUCACCGUUAUACAUGACAAAAUCGUCCACAAUAACAAACAUGGGACUAAAUAGUGACGGACACAUGCAAUUUGGUAUUACACUCACUUGGACACCGAUAUUAGACCAAGCUGGUCCCCAAGUGUUUUGUGCCUGCGCACUUGAUAAUAAUGGCUUAUCUGGGUCACAAUACUGCUUUACGUAUGUUGUCGGAGCUACUAGUCCCGAUCUUCAACCUAUCAUUGCCGUUCAAGGAACUGGAUCACCUGUGGGAGUCGUAUUUUCAAAUCAAUCAGUAUUCAGUAUACAAGCGUCUGCUACUGUUCACCGUCCUAAUCGUAAUGGUACCUAUAUUAAAAUUUAUCAUCAAAACGGUACUAUGGUUUGGUCGAUUGAUUGUGGUUGGAGUCCGGAUGUUUUCUAUACAAAUCAAACAAUUGUAUUUAUUGUGCAAAAUGCGAAUUGGGAUGCUGGAGCUCUUUAUUAUAUUAAUUUCGAUAGCGGCGCAUCAUCUGGCACAGCUUUCUGCGGCCCGGAAUCAGCACCAAUCACAGGUAGCACGUUCUGGAAUUUUACAAUUUGGGAUUCAAGACGAUCAAGUACAACAACAACCACCACCACAGCUGGAACAGUCCCUACCCCUUUGUCGACAACGACGCCCAUACCCGGUCUAACAACAACCGGCAUAGCUUUGACCUCAACGACUACCGUUACGACCAGUACGACCACAUCCACAACAUCUGAUACAACAUCAACCACAUCAACCACAACUGUUACCACCGCUACCACAACUGAACCGGAAAUGACUGUCUUUUCACCAAAAGAUUUUGAAAUAGCAUGCAUUCAGCCUGUCACAAUCAUGACGGCUGUCAUGUUCGCAGCAAUGAUCCCUAUACAUAUAACCGCCAUGUUUACAAUGUAUUUGCAAUUGAAUAAAAAAUAUAACCCAAAUAAAAUUGCAGCCGAAUUGAGAAUAAGUAAAUUUUAUCAAAGAAAACGAUAA